UUUAUUCUCUCAUUUUGUUUGAAUUUAAAGACUAGGUUGAGGGGGUUGAUUUGAUUUGAGAUAGAUAGGGAGAGAUGUCGAAUUUGUAUGGAGGAGAUUUCAAUCAGAAGAUUGAUUACGUGUUCAAAGUAGUCUUGAUUGGAGAUUCGGCAGUCGGAAAAUCCCAGCUUCUUGCUCGGUUUUCUAGGAACGAAUUUAGUUUGGAUUCAAAAGCGACGAUUGGUGUUGAAUUCCAGACGAGAACGCUUGUUAUUGAUCACAAAACUGUCAAGGCACAGAUAUGGGAUACUGCUGGACAGGAAAGGUACCGUGCAGUGACAAGUGCAUACUACCGAGGAGCGGUUGGGGCAAUGCUAGUUUAUGACAUUACCAAGCGUCAAUCAUUUGAUCAUGUGACAAGAUGGCUGGAGGAACUUAGAGGCCAUGCUGAUAAGAACAUUGUCAUUAUCCUCAUUGGCAACAAGUCUGAUCUUGGAUCCCUUAGAGCUGUCCCUACUGAGGAUGCCAAAGAGUUUGCCCAGAGGGAGAACCUCUUCUUUAUGGAGACAUCAGCCCUUGAGGCUACCAAUGUUGAGACAGCUUUCCUGACCGUCCUUACAGAGAUAUACAGGAUCAUCAGCAAGAAGGCUCUAAUUGCAAAUGAUGAACCAGAAUCUGGAGGGAAUUCAGCACUUCUCAAGGGAACAAAGAUUGUUGUGCCCGGCCAGGAGCCAGAAUCCAGUGAAAGGAAAUUCACGUGCUGUGCCUCUUAUUAGGUUUACACUUCUUUUUCCAAAACUUACGGUGAGAAUCAUCCAUAACUCUCCUGAGCUUUCAUACACUUCUUUUUUUUGGAAUUUUUUUGU